UGUAAUAUUAAAUAUAUGCCAAAUAUCUGUCAAUGGUUUACUUUAGAAAUUUCCCAGCUGCCUUUGGUUGCGGCGGGAAAAGGAAACGUAAAACAGUUCAACCACCACCGACAGUGAAAUAUAUGGAGCUGCAAGUUUGUCUAUUGGAAGGCAACAAAGAGCAUAUACCCAAAGAUGAAAUCGUCCUCCUGCAGGCAGGUCUCGGCAGGAGGACUGUGAACAUCUGUGAGAAUGCCGACCAUGAAGAUAUCAGCAGAGCCCUUCAGGAGGAAUACCCCAAAAUGAGGGGACUAUGUGGAGGGUGGCUUUUAAAAAAGGCUGCAGGUGGCAGUGGCAAGAGAAAAAUUACAUCCCUACCCCAGGGGACACAUGGGUACACGGGGAAGAUCCUAAAAACAUCAUCCAACAGCGGAAAGUAUGUUUUAUAUAUAGUACCGCUCCAGGAGAGCCUGGAUCUGAGACCUUUGGCACAUACUGCUGUGGAAUUCCAUAAGAUGCCAAAACACCCCUGCAUGGCAUGUAGGAGUGAGAUUCCCCUUCCGCUCCUUCCACACCAUAUCAAAUUAUGCAAUAAAGAUGAGCCCGACCUUAUUGAUGACGAUGACGAAGACGACGCCGAAGACACAGCAGCCGCCAAAGACGUUAAUGAUGACGUCAUUGCCAUGCAAUCAUGUCCAAUUUGUGGGCAGGACUUUGCUGUUGACUACUUGCCUACUCAUGCAGCAUGGUGUGAUGAAAGCCUCAACUCCAGGACAGAGCUGAAGGAGUGCAGGACAGAGCUGAAGGAGUGCAGGACAGAGCUGAAGGAGUGCAGGACAGACCUGAAGGAGUGGAUGAUGGUGCCUGGAGGAACAUUGCUGAUGUUGGUAUGGCGGCUGAUCAUUUCAGACAGGCACUUUUUGUCUCCAAAGAAGACAAGCGAAAUUUAAAGGUCAAACUGGACAUGGCCGAAGAUGAGGAGGACAGAGAAGGCCAGAUAAUUAACUUUUACAAGACCCCAAACAUUGACUGGGCAAGACCUUUUCAUGCCAAAUUACAAGGUACAGUCAGAAUCAGAAUGUGUUUUAUUGUAAUUGCAUCUAAAAUACAACAAAAUUGGAGCACUACAUUGAAAACCAAUACUCACAAUAAAAGCAGUCAAGGGUUGAUAUAGAUAGAAUUGAAUGCCUUUAGAGACCUUUAGUUGCCGUAGACAGACAAAGUCAUUUGUUGAUAUCUGAAAAUUCCCCUACAUUGUCAAUGUUCCGCCCCAUCCCAAUGGCUAAAAACAGGGAUAACAAUAAUGAACAAUUGACCCAUUUUGGUAAGCAUGGCACACUGGUUUGGGCCAGACGUUUCAACAUUGUAACACCCAUCUCAAAA